GAUUUUGCCAUCCUUUCAGUCUACACAUUUGGUUGUGGAUUCUAUGAAGCCAUUUUGUCAUGAUCCGCGGAAUUCUUGGAGACAGAUACCGUGCAACAUCAGAGAUCAAAUGUGGAAUCAAUUUAAGACAAAGUGUACAUGGCAUCCUCCGUAUCAAAAUGCAAUAAAUAGUAUUUUCGUUAAGAAGGUUGCUCAGCGGAUUAAAGAUACUAUGUUCGCUGCUCGGAAUGCCAGUAAAAUGCCAGACUGGUUAAGAAAAGAUGUUUGGGAUAAACAUCUUGAAAAAUGGAAUACCACAGAAUGGAAGGCGGAUAGUGAGCAAUUAAAGGCAAACCGUGCCUCCAGUAAAGGUGGCUCGUUGCACACAGGAGGUUCGAUUAGUUUUGUAGCCCAUAAACUAAGAUUGGAAAAGGAAAGAGGGCGAGAUAUGAGUCACGCUGAGGUCUUCAAGGAGAUGCAUAAGAAGAAGGAUGGUACAAGAGAACACUGGGUGGAGACGCAAUGGCAACAAACUCAUCCUCCUUCAACUCAACCAACACCUAAUGAUAUGACUUCAUUGUGGACAGAGGUAGCAGGUGGAGUAAACAAAGGCAGAGUCUACAGAUUUGGAGUACGUCGACCUACAGGUCAUCCAAACUCACUCUUAGCCAAUUCUUCUUCUUCUCAAAAUCAAGAACAAAUGGAAGAUAUGAGAAAGGAAAUUCGUGAUUUGAAGCAACAAUUGGACUCCCAAUUUUGA